AUGGAGAACGGGGACGAGUGGCUUGCACCCGACAAGCUCCAGCACGUUGUUGCUUGCCUUCUCAUCACCGCCUGCGUGUCGGGCGUGUUGAGCCGAUCACGGUAUCGCUUCCUGAGACGAUGGUCAACGCCGCUGGGCUGCGGUACGGCCCUCGUCGCGGGGAUCGCCAAGGAGGCCGGGGACGAGCUCGGAUUCUGGGAAUCCGCCGGAGCCUCGCUCAAGGACGGCGUCGCGGACGUCUUCGGUGUAUUCAUCGCGGCGGUCUUCCUUUCCCUCUCGAGGAAGUUCUCCCCAUCGUCGCCGGAGAAGGUGGAUCGCGAUCGAGAGCUUUCAAUGGUCUGA